UUUUUUAUCUGCCUACGAAACAUUUGAAUUAACUGUAAAUAUAUUAGUACAUAAAAUAUAAAUUAAAUAUAAUAAACAACUUAUUAGGUAUCAAAAUACAUUACCUCAUAUAGAAGUGAAGCAGAUUGAACUUUAAUCUCUAUAUGGUGCGUAAUAAUAUUGAAUAAUGUGACAUCAACGAUUCCAUGUUAAUAUAAAUGUCAGUUUUAUUUCAUACAACAUAUAGAUACCUAUUUUGUGACAUCAUGAAAUACUUCAUCUGUGUUAUAAUUACUGUGAUAAUUGGAGUCGCUUUGUCCUACUCUGUCAAGAAUGUGGAUAUGUCAAACACAAAAGAAACAGUUGAUUACCAAUUAGACAAUAAUUCCACUUGUUCUAUGUGUAUACAAUUUAUUACUAAAUGGCAAACAUAUCUGAACUCAACUUCAGUGGAUAAAAAGAUUGAACAAUUUAUUCGAUCAACUUGUUCAUUUUAUUUCUUUUUCAGAUAUCGGUGUGAGAAGUUUAUGGAAAGAUGUGUGAAUAAAACAAUCUAUAUUAUGCAACAUAACAAUGCUACAACAUUAUGCAAAUUGACUCCUUUAUGUUAAAGUAUGUAUUGGGGACAAUAUGAUCUGACUAUUUAUAUUUUUGUGUAACAACAUUUUCAAAGUAAAUAUAUAUAUGUAUUAACAAA